UUCCUCACAUCACUUCCCUAAACUAACUUCCAUUAUAUAUAUUCCAGCCACUCUUUCCUUUUUCUCUCAGCCACGAUUUUCAUCAUCUCUUCUUCUACACACUCUUGAAUAUACAACAUACUCACUUUUGUGUCUUGCUUUUGAAUAUAUAUACAAAGAUUACAAUGUUUAACGAUUACGAGCAGCAAUCAUCAUCAUCAACGGCUUCUAUUAAGCAUAAGGUGAAGACUUCGAUGUGCUGUUUCUCGCCUUCGGUUCAUGAUCAUCAGCAGUUGAAAAGCGAGGACAAGCCACGGACGACGUCGCCAAGGUCACCGUACACGUGGCUGAAAUCGACGGCCAAUGAACUACCGGAGAUACGCUUCAGGUGCAUGAACUUCAUCUCGAGGAUCGGUAAGAACCGUAGGAACCACCACAUGCGGUGGCACUCCGCUGAUUUCAGCUACGACCCUUCGAGUUAUGCUCUCAAUUUCCAGGACGACACCCGUGUCGACGACGAGUGUCCCCUCAGCUUCUUGGACAGGUUGGCCGCGUCGCCGCCUCAGCCGGCGGAUUCCGCUAAGUGUGAGCCACGGCGGAGGGAGAUCGUUGCGUUUAGCUAAGGAAAAAAAGAAGUGAUCUUUUCAGUUUUCGUCCUCGUAUGGUUUUUAUGUAAUGUACAAAGUUUUUGUGAUGAUCAAGUAUACAUAUUGAUGUUGUGGGAAGUUGUACUUUUGUAUGAUUUUAUGUAUUUUUAGUAUUUUGGUUUU